GAAUAAAAAGAAAUAAAUUAAAUGUUUCUUCCCGCGUUUUCCUACCACCGGAAGCUAAUGUAAUACAUGCGCAUCAGCGUGACGUUGUGUUCCCGGCAUAUCUGAGGUUAUUGUGAAUACUUCUUUCUAAGCUGUGUUCCCAGUUAGUCUACACAAUGGACGAAAAGGCUACAAUGUCAUCAACCCGUCCAAAAGCCAAAAAAGAUGAAGAAAUUGUUGAGGAGGCAGGCACUGUUGAAGAGGAGGAGGAAGAAGAGGAAGAAUACACAGUAGAGAAGGUUGUGGACUCUCGAAUGAAGGGAGGAAGGAAAGAGUACCUCUUAAAAUGGAAGGGCUAUCCAGAUUCAGAAAAUACUUGGGAGCCUGAGGCAAAUCUGGAUUGUCCAGACCUUAUAGCAGAGUUUGAAGACAAAAAGAAAAAGAAGGAACAAGAAAAGAAAAGAAAAACACAAAACGGAACAGAGGACGGUGCAGCAAAAAAGAAAAAGAAGGUCUCAGAAGUCAAAACAGCAGAAGAAGAUAACAAACCUAGAGGUUUUGACCGAGGUCUUCUACCUGAGAGGAUUAUUGGUGCCACAGACAGUUCAGGAGAACUCAUGUUUUUAAUGAAAUGGAAAGACAGCGAUGAAGCAGAUCUGGUUCCAGCCAGACAAGCCAACGUAAAGUGUCCACAGAUAGUGAUAGCAUUUUACGAGGAACGACUCACGUGGCACACCCAUAAUGACAAUGAGGAAGAUGAAAGCAAGGAGGACUUAUAAAAAGAAAAACAA